GUCACUGCAACGGCAUACGCCACAAUAACAUUUCAGACCAGAGGAACGGCGCUUUCUUACAAUGAAACACAGGCGGAGGCAGGCAGUGGAACUGUAGCCUGUGGUGCCUGCCAUUUAGACCGAGAGAUGGGUAGAUGACGAACGAGAGCAAUGGAGUCGAGGGCCCGUUGAUAGCAUGAAUGACAGGUAUCACAAGGCGGCCCGGGAUGGCUACCUGGACCUGCUGAAGGAGGCUACGCGGAAGGACUUGAACGCGCCGGAUGAAGAUGGCAUGACACCGACGUUAUGGGCCGCUUAUCAUGGCAACUUGGAGGCUCUGCGACUUAUCGUGGGCAGAGGAGGCAACCCUGAUAAGUGUGACAUAUGGGGGAACACACCUCUCCACCUGGCUGCCGCCAACGGCCACCACAACUGCCUGUCCUUCCUGGUGUCCUUCGGUGCCAACAUGUGGUGCCUGGACAACGACUACCACACGCCCCUGGACAUGGCCGCCACCAAAAGCCACAUGGACUGUGUCCGCUACCUGGACUCCAUCGCCGCCAAGCAGUCGGCCCUCAACCCCAAGCUGGUGGGGAAGCUGAAGGAGCGGGCUUUCCGCGAGGCCGAGAGGAGGAUUAAGGAGUGUGUGAAGCUGCAGCGGAAGCACCACAAGCGUAUGGAGCGCAAGUUCCACAAAGAGGCGGCGUCGGAGCAGUCCAUGUCAGACGCCAUGAGCUUCUCCAGCUACACAAGCAGCUCAGUGAGCCGCAAGCUGCACCACCUAAACACCACCACUGUCAGUGUGCCAUACUCUCAGGCUACUCUUCACGCCACAACCCGAGGCAAGACCAAGAUCCAGAAGAGGUUGGAGAAGAGGAAGCAAGGGGACGGGACCUUCAAGAUCUACGAGGACGGCAGGAAGAGCGUGCGCUCCCUCUCGGGCCUUCAGCUGGGCAACGAUGUCAUGUUCCUUAAACAGGGAACCUAUGUCGGCCCUCGGGACCGCGCAGGGCGCCGCGGCAACCUCCGAGACAUAUUCCACGGAGACGCCAACGACGACGCCAUCUCUCGUGCCAUCAGCGAGCCGGACUUGUCUUACCGGCCCGACAUGGAAUACUCUGAGGUCAGCACCGACUCGGGCCACGACUCUCUCUUCAACCGUCCCGGUCUGGGAACCAUGGUGUUCCGACGCAACUAUAUCAGCGGCGGCCUGUUCGGCAUCGGCGGGCGUGACGAGGGGAGCCUCGGCGGAGGAACCGAACGGGCUGGCAGCACCAACGUGCGGCUGCGCAGCCGGCUGCGGCGUUCGCCCAGCCUGGACGAUGGGGGGGACAGCAUCGGCAGUGCCAGCAGCCUCCGGGAAAGGAACCGCCAGGAGCUUCCCUGGGACGAGCUGGAGCUGGGGCUGGAUGAUGACUGCGAGGCCGUGACCAGCCCGUUGGAGGUGUUCUUGGCUGCGCAGACCAUGGGCGAUUUCCUCACCGUCUUCAGGCGGGAGAAGAUCGACCUGGAGGCGCUGCUGCUGUGCUCGGACCAGGACCUCAAGAGCAUCCACAUCCCCCUGGGGCCCAGGAAGAAAAUCCUAGAUGCCUGCAAGAGACGUCUGGAGACCCUUGAGGACCCUGACUACAUCGAGGACACCCUGCUGUGAAUGGUGAAUGACACUUUUGGAUCUGAAGAUGCUGUGUAGGUACUGUAUACCUCUACUACUGUGACGUUCACCUACAGAGGAAACCUACAUUACAGAGUAAACCUACACUACAGAGUAAACCUAACCUACAGAGUAAACCUAACCUACAGAGUAAACCUACACUACAGAGUAAACCUAACCUACAGAGUAAACAUAACCUACAGACUAAACCUACACUACAGAGUAAACCUACACUACAGAGUAAACCUACACUACAGAGUAAACCUAACCUACAGAGUAAACCUAACCUACAGAGUAAACCUAACCUACAGAGUAAACCUAACCUACAGAGUAAACCUACAUUACAGAGUAAACCUACACUACAGAGUAAACCUACACUACAGAGUAAACCUACACUACAGAGUAAACCUAACCUACAGAGUAAACCUAACCUCCAGAUUACAUCUGAGUGUGUAGUGUGGGGAUUUUUCAGUGGGACAUGUUAGUAUUGUCGCUGCUCUCCUCUACACAUAGUUAUGAAGGAAGGCAUCUAGUGUUUUCUUUGGUUGAUGAUAAUAGUAACAAUCCAGCAUAGAAUUCAUUCUUGUCUCUCUUCAAAUAUGUCAUUGCUAUUCUUCUGGAGACCACUAGGUGGACACACUGUAUAGGUCCAGCAGAAUGCUCUUCCUACCUUAAAGGUAGGUCAGUGGCGCAUUGUUGCUCAGUGUUGUUAGGGCUAAUGUCUCAAAGGGGUUUGUUGUAGUGUAUGCAACAUUCAGAGACUUUACAGCUACAACAUAAAUAGCGGUUUGUUGUAGUGUAUGCAAUAUUCAGGGACACGCUUAUCUGACUCUGCGAUUAUGUAAGGACAUUCAGAGAAAUGUUGUCAUUUCAUUCCCUGGGUGACCCUGUGACUUGUUAGGCAGAAAGGAGGACAUUGUUAAGAUAAACAUCUCAGUGAACAAAAGAAGACAAGUAAAAUACAGAAACCUGAGCUUUCUAUGAACUUUGUAAAUGAAGGAGAAGAGCUGAAGAAAUCUGAAAGGUAUUUUGAAUCUGGAAGUCCACUGCACUGUUGACCAAUUUUAAUGAUCUAAAGACACUGUUGACCGUUUUAAUUAACUAAACGACACUGUUGACCAAUUUUAAUUAACUAAAGGACACUGUUGACCGUUUUAAUGAUCUAAACAACACUGUUGGCUGUUUUAAUGCACUAAAAGAUACUGUUGACCGUUUUAAUGAACUAAAUGAAACUGUUGACCGUUUUAAUGAACUACAGAGGACCUUGCUGCUUCCGUGAAGGACAGAGAGCUAUGGCAUGCCAUCUUUUGGAGCAUUGCGUCACCAUACGCAGUCAGCCAAAGACUGCCUGGAUCUGUAUCCACAGAACACAGUGUUGAUGUGCAGCAGUGUUCUUGUAUGUCAUGUGGCACAGUGUACAGAGAGAAGAACAAGGAGGUGUGGCUUGCCCCCCUCCAACACCUCUCUGUCUGACCCCAAUACGUUGGCCCCUGUGGGGCAUGUUAGACACCGUACUACCAUCCCCUCAGACUGUGUUCCUGGUGUCAGUACAUGGGGCAUGUUAGAUACCGUACUACCAUCCCCUGAGACUGUGUGUCAGACUGGUGUCAGAGACUGGUGUCAGUACAUGGGGCAUGUUAGACACCGUACUACCAUCCCCUGAGACUGUGUUCCUGGUGUCAGUAGAUGGGGCAUGUUAAGUACUGUACUACCAUCCCCUGGGCCUGUGUUCCUGGUGUCAGUAGAUGGGGCAUGUUAAGUACUGUACUACCAUCCCCUGGGCCUGUGUUCCUGGUGUCAGUAGAUGGGGCAUGUUAAGUACUGUACUACCAUCCCCUGGGCCUGUGUUCCUGGUGUCAGUAGAUGGGGCAUGUUAAGUACUGUACUACCAUCCCCUGGGCCUGUGCUCCUGGUGUCAGUAGAUGGGGCAUGUUAAGUACUGUACUACCAUCCCCUGGGCCUGUGCUCCUGGUGUCAGUAGAUGGGGCAUGUUAAGUACUGUACUACCAUCCCCUGGGCCUGUGUUCCUGGUGUCAGUAGAUGGGGCAUGUUAAGUACUGUACUACCAUCCCCUGGGCCUGUGUUCCUGGUGUCAGUAGAUGGGGCAUGUGACGUACUGUACUACCAUCCCCUUGGCCUGUGCUCCUGGUGUCAGUAGAUGGGGCAUGUUAAGUACUGUACUACCAUCCCCUGGGCCUGUGUUCCUGGUGUCAGUAGAUGGGGCAUGUUAAGUACUGUACUACCAUCCCCUGGGCCUGUGUUCCUGGUGUCAGUAGAUGGGGCAUGUUAAGUACUGUACUACCAUCCCCUGGGCCUGUGUUCCUGGUGUCAGUAGAUGGGGCAUGUUAAGUACUGUACUACCAUCCCCUGGGCCUGUGCUCCUGGUGUCAGUAGAUGGGGCAUGUUAAGUACUGUACUACCAUCCCCUGGGCCUGUGUUCCUGGUGUCAGUAGAUGGGGCAUGUUAAGUACUGUACUACCAUCCCCUGGGCCUGUGUUCCUGGUGUCAGUAGAUGGGGCAUGUUAAGUACUGUACUACCAUCCCCUGGGCCUGUGCUCCUGGUGUCAGUAGAUGGGGCAUGUUAAGUACUGUACUACCAUCCCCUGGGCCUGUGCUCCUGGUGUCAGUAGAUGGGGCAUGUUAAGUACUGUACUACCAUCCCCUGGGCCUGUGUUCCUGGUGUCAGUAGAUGGGGCAUGUUAAGUACUGUACUACCAUCCCCUGGGCCUGUGUUCCUGGUGUCAGUAGAUGGGGCAUGUUAAGUACUGUACUACCAUCCCCUGGGCCUGUGCUCCUGGUGUCAGUAGAUGGGGCAUGUUAAGUACUGUACUACCAUCCCCUGGGCCUGUGUUCCUGGUGUCAGUAGAUGGGGCAUGUGACGUACUGUACUACCAUCCCCUGGGCCUGUGUUCCUAGUGCCAGUAGAUGGGGCAUGUUAAGUACUGUACUACCAUCCCCUGGGCCUGUGUUCCUGGUGUCAGUAGAUGGGGCAUGUUAAGUACUGUACUACCAUCCCCUGGGCCUGUGUUCCUGGUGUCAGUAGAUGGGGCAUGUGACGUACUGUACUACCAUCCCCUGGGCCUGUGUUCCUAGUGCCAGUGCAUUUGUUAAGGACAGGAUUUUUACAUACAUGAGCAUAUGGUUAUUUGUUUUGUAUUUGUUUAUUAAUCCAUUAGACAGAGGCCGGGAUUCAAUACAAGAUGCGUUUUAACACGGUGCACCAUAGCAGGCUUUUAAAGGUAAUUUACUCUUUAGCCUGCAUACGCAGCAUUUACAAUGAAUGCGAUCUCCUCAAACUUCUGGGAAAAUGCCUUUAAAAAGCACAUUGUCGGCUGUAUAGUGAGUGCUAUAACGCGCCUUGCGUAGAAUCCCAGCCAAGGUGUCAAAUCCAUAGUUUUGUAUAGAUACUUCCAUUGUUGAUGGAGAUAAUGUAUCAAAUUUGUAGGGUGGUUACGAGUCAUAGUCAGGUUGCCUCCAAUUCGCUACAAUAUUACCAUUAUUUGUGCAUUACCAGUUCUCUGCUAUUAAGGCAUUUUUUGUACAUGUUGAUUGGUUUGGCUCGGGUCAUUCAUCUUGCUAUGCAUUGUUCCAUUUUGUACCAUUUGUUUACACACAGUAUGCCAGGUCAACCACUUUCAGUUUGGUUCACUGAUAAAGGAGGCCAAUCUAUUAUUUUCAUUGAAAGUUGACGCUAUGUGAGAAUGUUCAACUAAACACGUAUUGAGUGGCUUAUUUAAUGUUUCGAGAGGUAAACCUCAUACACAGUUAAAUCCAUUGUCAUAGUUAUUUUUCUGAUGAUUUUCUGAUACAGUAUAUAGAUGUCCAGCGUACAGGUUAACCAUGUUACACUAUGGAAGUUUCCUUACUAAUUGUUGCACGUCAAAUUUCAGCUAGAAGGUUGGCUGUAUGGUUACACAUGUUGGUUUGGCAUGAUGCUAAAGUAACUGUCCAGUGAAAAUCUCACUUUUAAAAGUUAAUAUUCUGUUAACUCAUACCCAAAUAAUGUUGUUGACUCAUCCUAUACUAUUAUUUGUGGCAAAAGCAUACAUUUGAGAAAAAACUCCACUUAAAAAACUCCACCUCAAACAGACCGUUUGAAAAAACUGCUUGCUAUUUCCUCAUAGAGGAUGAUGUCAUCCUCCUAAGGAGGAUGAGCUGGCCAAUCAGCGGUCUACUAGCAUUUUUAAUGAUUGGUAUAUGGCCACACCGUUGUGGUGUUGGGGUAUGGCUGCACCAUUCCAACACAGAAAAGCUGCUGUUUAACAUGUUUAAUUAAAACAUUUGGGAAGGAAAAGUAUAUUCACUCAUUAUAUUGUAAUUCAUUAUAGGUCCUAUUUCAUAGAAACCUGGAACACUGGAUAUUACUCUAAUCCAUUCAUGAAACUACACAAGUCUUGAAUUGUAGGCAGGUAAUAUGUUCUGCUUUUUCUCGUGGUUAUGGGGACAUGUGCCUCUUUCUGUACGAUGAUGUCAUUUCUGGAAACUAUUUCUGUCCAUUUAGAUUAAAGGACCCGUUUUGUCUGAAGAGCACCCAUAGAGGCUAAGAGUUCUCUAUUGCCUCUAACCAUCAGUGUAGUCUUCAGUCUGCGCUGUAUGUCUAUGGAAUGUUCUGUAUGUCUCUGUUCUGAUCAUGUGACGAAGUCUUCCCAAUUAUAUUGUAUGUGUCAUUGGUUUUGGUGGUGGAUUUUAUCAGAUGCACAUGAAACCUAAACAAUGUCCACAUUGAAUGCCUCAUUUUUUAAAAGAUCAAACAGUGUUUUUAAAUAAACAAAUAUACUAAUAUGUCCUUCUCUGCAUUGUGUAUGUGAAGCUGCAACAGAGAGGACUCUGACUGAGGCAGGCCGCUCCAGGGUCUAGGAUCAGCUUCCCCUACUACAAUCAUAACCUUAACCAGUAGUGGGGGAGCAACUAGGAGCAACUUCA